AUGGAGCUUCACCAUCACCAGGGCACACUCUCUCAAAGAAGUUCGUUCGAGUCCACCGUAUAUGACGACAGUUGUGCUCAAGCAUCUAAACUAGAAAGCGGCCGGUCUUUGCUGCGCGGGUUUCCAUCUGACACCGGUGAAUCGAGGACGAGGGGCUCAUUCGAAUCCGAUGAAUUGCUCAAAGUGAAAUCCGAAUUCUACGAGGAAGAUGAUGAUGUCCUCAUUAUCUACGGGCGUCGCGUAGGCCGCGGCACCGUCCUCUGCGGAGUUUUGCUCAUCUUCAGUGUACUUCUCUUUUCAGUCGUGGGCAUUCCAACCUUCAUUGCCCGGUUAAUAUAUGCGGACUCGUCAUACAUCGAAAAGCCGAAUCCGAUAUCUUGCCAUUCGCACAAUGAUUAUUGGCGCAAGGAGCCCGUCUUUUCCGCAUUAAAGACGGGCUGCAUCGGCAUCGAGGCCGAUGUUUGGCUAGUGGAGGGUGAUUUGUGGAUCGCCCAUGAGUGGUCAGACCUUAGGAGAGGGGUUACUUUCACCAGUCUCUACGUGGAGCCUCUUGUCAAGCUUCUAGAACAAAGGAACUCGUACUCCCUCGAGCACGGCUGGACGCACAACGGAGUCUACGAGACGGCCCCCAAUCAGACCCUGGCCCUCGUCAUCGACCUAAAGAGCGAGAGCCGUGACACAUGGCCGGUCGUCCAGGCCCAGCUUCAACCUCUGCGAGAACGAGGCUGGCUUACCCAUGUGACCGACGGCAAGGUCAUCUAUCGCCCCAUUACCGUUGUUGGGAGUGGUAACACAGACUUCUCGACCCUGAGGUCGAACUCGACAUUCCGCGACUCCUUUUUCGACGCGCCCUUGAAUGCCCUCGCGGAUUCCGAAUACGACGCCACCAAUUCCUAUUACGCCAGCGUCUCCUUUACCGAGCACCUGGGCAUUUCCCUAACCGGGUUCCUAACGCAGGGUCAAAUCGAGAGGUUGAGGAGGAGCGUCAGGGAAGCCCAUGCCCGCGGCCUCAAGGCUAGGUACUGGGGGGCGCCGGCGUGGGCUUUAAGUGUUAGAGAGCGGGUCUGGAAGGUCUUGUCGGAUGAAGGGGUGGACAUCGUUAAUGUCGAUGAUUUGCAGAGCUUUCGGGACUGGACUACUGCAAGAGCGGAACUGCAGGAUGAGUAA